UUCAGGGUGGAGGAAAAAAAAAACAGCAGAGGAACUCCUCCUGUUUACAACAACAUAAUGGAGACAAAAUGGUCAAAUAUGAGCUGCAGGCGGGUCUUAUUGACUGGAUUUAUGCUAUGUAUUGUAUUAGUCACAACACCUUGCUCGGGGAUCGACAUCCACGCGGACUCGGAGGUGAUGAUGCAGAAUGGCACCACCGGGACGCUGCGCUGCACCUUCAAGUCCAGUGAGGUGGUGAGCAGCACCACGUCGGUCACCUGGAGCUUCCAGUCCAACCAGCCCGACAACCAGUUCUCCAAAGCCCCAUACGUGAUUUUCUAUUUUUCCAACGGGAAAGGAUUCCCGGGUCAGGACGAGUUCAAAGACAGAAUUCAGUUUAUUGGAGACAUAAAUAAAAGGGACGUAUCGUUACAGCUGAGUCCGGCUCAGUUCAGCGACAACGGGACUUUCUUCUGCGAUGUGAAAAACCCUCCGGACGUGACGGGAACUCCGGCGCGCACCGAGCUCAGGGUCGUUCUGAAAGAGUCUCUGCCUCACACUUACAUGGCCGUUAUAGUGGGAGCCGUUUGUGGAGCGUUGUUUCUGCUCGUCAUCAUCGCCGGCACCGUCUGCAUCAUCAUGAGGGUGAUGCACAGCCGCCACGAAUAUGAAGGAUGUACGUCCUUGGAAAGCAUGAGCUCUCAGGCUCCGAAACCCAGAAAGAAGGUGGAGCCCACUCUGGAGAGCUCCAGGGGUUCCAACCCCUCGGGGCCAGUACAGGGCCCGGUGAUAUACGCCCAGUUGGAUCACUCGGGCAGCAGAAGCUCUUUCCACAAGAUGGAGCCAGUGGUCUACGCUGACAUCCGUAAAAACUGAAGAGGAACUGGGGACCAAACACAUGAAAAAAGAAAUACACAGUAAAGUAUCAGACCUCUCUAUCAGCUGCUCUUGGGAAGGGUGGGAAAAAGAUAUCGUAUAACAGGGACAGAAUCGGUGCAGUUUCUUUAUUUUAUUUGACUUUCUCUUCCUCCUCUGAAAGCAUGAUGCUGUUCUAUGAUAAAAUCUCAAUGUGCUUUUAUUUUGAAAAACACCCCAAUGGACCCUGCAUCACUCCGCCUUUUUGAAUGGUUGUCAUUUAAAUCAUGAAUGCCUUCAUAUCAUUUAUUUUACUUACGGUAUCCAACAAGGGUUUCUGCUGGCUGUUGCACCGGCUGAAACGGUUAAUCUUGAGCUUUAAGUUGAUUAAAACUGCUUCAUUGUGACUUUAAUUUCACACUUUGAAUAAUACACGACUAAAUACUGUUAGUGCAGCGGAUAUUAAUCUAAUCAGGGGCGCGGAAAUGAACGCUACUAACAAGUAAAAGAAGAGAUUUAAUAACAAAAAAUACAACUCUUCAUCCUGCAUGUAGACUCGCUAAUGGAGAACGGUAAUAAAGCUACUACAAACUUCGUAAUUCCCAGCUUCUGUGAACGCACCAUUUAAACACCCUAAUGCCAAAAUCACCGCUAAUACAAAAGUAACAAAAACCCAAUUUAAUUAUUAAAGAAAUCAUAAUAUAAUCAGCAAUCGCAACCCUGGAUCAGGAGUGACUAAAGCUCUGCAGACAUUGCAUGAUUUAUUGAUCAUGUAUGUUUUAAUGAGACUCUCUGAACCUUUUGAACAUCAUUUAAUUAGGUCACACUGAGUUUACAAAAAAAGAUCAAUGUUUUUUUGAAUUAAACUAGGUUAGCUUCGUGAUUUAAAAAAGGGAAAUGCAUUAACUACAUUUACAUGCACACCCAUACUCAAUCUACACAGUGUUGUUGUUAUGACAACAUUCUGGAUUUAGCAUUUUCUGAUUAAUUUGCCUUCUCUUCUAGUUUAUCCCUACUUAGUCAUUAUGUCCAUAUGUCUUCAAAGCACCAAUAAUCAACACUACAAUAUCUAAAAUACUGAUGUAUUUAAUAAAAAUCCAUCCUGAAAUUGGACUUUUGUCCAUGUUGUCCAGCCCUAUGUGUACCCCUCUUUUAUCUCUACAGUAACUGACUCUAAUGCCACUCCUGCAAAGCUACCAUUCAGUUUAACCUCUUAAAGCCGGUGCAACAGGCUGCACAUUUCCUUCUUAACGUUGCCUUCAGUGAGUUUGCAUGCAGUGAUAAUGAACAACAUCUACAGAUUAUGGUACUCUGACAUUAUGCUACUGUGAAUGCUCCGGUGUGAUUCUGGCAUGUUGUUGUGGUACCUUGUGACAAAAAAAAACAAACACUGCCUCCCUUUUUGGAUUUUCACCUCAGUGCAAUUGUCAGAAAAAUAGGAACAGAUAAUGCAAUGCACCCUGACAGAGUGUUACGUUCUGCGUCACAACCAGCCAGGUUUACUUUAACACAUGUAGAAUACGUGCAUGCUAAAUCAAGACGUUAACUGAGGUGAAACAUCUUCUAUGAAAACUGGACAAUGCUUUAAAACACUGUUUGCAUGCAAAUGACUAACAUAACGAGCACUAUCACGCACAUAUGCUAUUCUUUCCAUCUCUGUGUACUGAGUAAAGCUGUUUGUUUCAACAUAAUGGGCCAAAUAUCAACACUAACACGAGAAGCUUUAAAUGCAUUCCAACAUUUUAUUUUGAUUUAGUUUUAAGCAUAAAAAAAAGCCAAGUUCUCUGUUACGUUUCUGUGUGUGUGGUUACCUAUGAGAGUGAUAUGUGUGUCGCAGUAAAUGCUUUCAGCUUCAGCUUGUGAUUCAGAAUGCAGUAAGUCUCCAUGUCGACCAGUAUUUGUAUAUAUUCCAAUCCCAUGUAAGAUAUAGUGCUGUUUACUGUAACUCAUUCCAGUGUGUGGUAUGGCUGAGGAUGUCUUUCCUGACACGGGAAGUAGUUUGCUGUAGAGGUUAUAGAAAGACGGUGGCAUGCUUUAUGUUUUUUCAAGUCUUAAUCGUUUGUCAGAAAACACUCCAACAUACACAGUGCCUGCAGGGAGCCAGUCGCUUCAAAAGGGAUUGGAUCAACUGUAUUUAGAGGGACGUUUCUGGAUUUUUAAGGCCUUUUUGUUACAUUUCCUCAUUAAUAUUGAGUCCAAUCCUUUUCCUCAUCCAAUAUUCUCUCUUUUAUCUCCAUUUUGGUCUCCGACAGCUAACUUCCAAGGAAAAUCCGACCCUUUUUUUGAGGUUAAAGGAUGUUUUUCUCACAAUUCCUCAAUAUUGACUCAAAAACCUUAAUAAUUGACACAUUGAGAGCAAGAAUUAAUAUAUUUUGAGACUUUUUUGUGUCUGACUGAUGGAUUAAAGUCCAAUAAUCUCUUUCAUUUAUCUCCAUUUUUGGUCCCCUCCUCCUCAACCCUAAGGAAAAUCUGAUUCUAGCUGCUUUACGCUCACAGCUAGUCUCUAAAGUGGCCUUUUACAGCUUUCUCUCUUAGUACAAGCUCUUAAAGUGACAUAAGAGUGUUGAAAGUUAAACAACACAGCUAAACAAUGAGCUAAAAUCCCUUUAAAGCUCUGAAAACAGAUUUUCAUACGUUAAUAUUGUGAACAUAUUGAUUAUAGCCUUUAAUCGAUAGAAUAGUAUGUUAAUUUCACAUAAAGUUUAAAAGUGCUCUUGGGUUGAUUGUAUCAUAGUGAAUGUCCCUGAUGAUGUAGAUUACCGUUGUGUGCCAGUUUCAGUGGUUUUGUUUUGCCGCUGUGCUCACGAUUUGUACCGUACAAGACUCAACGUCUGUAGCAGUGACGACUGUAAAGCUCGUUACGCAGCUGAGAAAUCAAUCAGUAGGUAGAAUGGAACGGUAUUUUCCCACCAGGGGAGGAAAUGUGCCUUUUCAUUGCCAAUAAACCCCAAAAAUAUGCAAAGUUGUCCUUAUUUUAAGAAACAAAUGAAAUGAAGUGUUAAUAUAACGUCUUCUUUGAAUGUUUUAUAUAUUUGCAUUAUUCAAUUCAAACUAAUUCUCUAUUGGAAAAAACACAGAAAAGAUUCUGUUUUGUUUGUUUAUUGAAAUUAAUUUUAAAAAAUGUGAAAACAUUUAUUUAAUUAUGAAAAAGCCUCAUAUUUAUCAUCCUUGACUCUUGUUAUUAUUUGUAACUCUAAACUCCUGAGUUAUUUCUGGCAGAUUUAGGGUUUAAUACUUUCACACUGCCUUCCCACUACAGUAAAUACACUCUUAAUUGAAUCCCUUUUUAUUUGACCCCGGCUGCAGGCACUGAAGUCUUUCAUGCUGUUUUCUCUGUAGUGUUUCUCUGUUUGUUUCCUCCUCCAGUUAGCAUGUACUUCAGUGUAUUUACCAAAUCUAAACCCUCCUGUAUGAUACCGACAGCUGCCGGUCGCUUCGCUCCUGCUCGUGACUCGUCGCAGUGUUUAGUGCUGUUGUAGAAAAUUGUGAUGUAAAUUAUGAACGUUUUUUUCCGACCAACGUUUGGUGUCUUAAAAAGUUUCCGAGUGGACGCUCACAACGAGUCUUAGUGUUCCUUCGAUGGUAAAUAGUUGUGUUUUUUGAGAGUUGUUUCCUAUGUUUAUGUCGUGAAAUCUGCACUAUGUCUUGCAAAUCAAAGACAACAAAUUCCCUGUGAUUCUCCUUUUUGUUGUUUCUCGUUCAUCUCCGAAUGAGCUUGGCCUCUGUUUCAAACGUCUCUAAAACUGGAAUGUUGUACAUUUAGUGCCUUUUACAUUUCAUCAGCUAACAUCUGCUCAAAGUAGUAAAAAAGAUUCAUUUAUUUUUCCUUUUUAUUGUAUGUAUUUUUUUAUACACAUAAUAUCGCCUCUGUAUCCACUGUUCAAAUUUUAUAUAAAACCUAUUCCUGGCCAAUUACAA